UUAUCUAUUUUGUUUUCUUACACAUGUGCUUCUGUAACCCACUAACUUCUCAAAAAAUAUCUCAAUUCACCAAACCAUUCUCCAAGUUCAUAUAAGGGUGUUUCGCUGUACAACAAUCAAAUCCACAGACGAAGAAAAAAAGAAAUUAAAAAAACAACAGAUAUUCCAUUGAGUUCUUGAAUACUUUUUAUUUGGUGCUUUUACAAUUUGGGAAAGGAAAUGGAGCCAAAGUUCCAUGCAUUUAUGUUCCCAUGGUUUGCUUUUGGUCAUAUGAUUCCUUUUCUACAUCUUGCAAACAAACUAGCUGAGAAAGGUCACCGGGUUACUUUCUUGCUCCCUAAGAAAGCUCAAAAACAGUUGGAACAUCACAAUCUGUUCCCAGACAGUAUUGUUUUUCACCCUCUCACAGUCCCUCAUGUCAAUGGCCUCCCUGCUGGUGCCGAGACAACCUCGGAUAUCUCAAUCUCGAUGGACAACUUCUUGUCCGAAGCCAUGGAUCUCACUCGCGAUCAGGUUGAAGCUGCCGUUCAUGCUUCGAGACCAGACUUGAUCUUCUUCGAUUUUGCUCACUGGAUUCCAGAAGUGGCUAAAGAGCAUAUGAUCAAGAGUGUGAGCUACAUCAUAAUAUCUGCUACAGCUAUAGCUCAUUUACGUGAGCCUGAUACUCCAUUAGGUGUUCCCCCACCGGGUUAUCCUUCAACGAAGGUGUUGUGCCGUGAAAACGAUGCUCAUGCCUUUAUAACCAUGCCGUUCUUUUACGAGAGACUUUAUCAUCAGAUCACUACAGGUUUUAAGAAAUGUGAUGUCAUCGCACUGAGGACAUGCAGAGAAAUGGAAGGUAAAUUUUGCGACUAUGUAUCGCAUCAAUACCAUAAGAAUGUUCUUUUGACUGGUCCAAUGCUCCCUGAGCCAGACACAAGUAAACCACUAGAAGAACAACAUUGGAACCAUUUUCUGAGCGGAUUCCCACCGGGGUCUGUAAUUUUUUGUGCACUUGGCACCCAAAUUGUUCUUGAGAAGGAUCAAUUUCAAGAACUCUGCUUAGGGAUGGAGCUGACAGGUUUACCCUUUCUUUUAGCGGUAAAGCCACCAAGAGGAUCAUCAACGGUCCAAGAAGGUUUACCAGAAGGGUUCGAGGAGCGGGUUAAGGGGCGUGGUGUGGUUUGGGGAGGAUGGGUGCAGCAACCUUUGAUAUUGUCUCAUCCAUCGGUAGGCUGCUUUGUGAACCAUUGUGGUCCUGGAACAAUAUGGGAGUGUCUCCUGAGUGAUUGCCAAAUGGUUUUAAUUCCAUUUUUCGGUGAUCAAGUUCUCUUCACAAGAUUGUUGACCGAGGAAUUCGAGGUUUCUGUAGAAGUUUCGAGGGAAAAAACCGGAUGGUUUUCAAAGGAGAGCUUAAGAGAUGCGGUCAAGUCUGUGAUGGAUAAAGACAGUGACCUCGGGGAGCUAGUGAGGAGUAACCACGCCAAAUUGAAGGAGAUUCUUAUUAGUCCUGGACUAUUUGCUGGUUACGUGGAUAACUUUGUUGAGGCAUUGACUGAUUUGAUCAAUGUGAAAAAACAUGAUUAGAUGUAUAAUUGUAUGUGUUUAUUAUGAUGAAGGUUGGUUAUGAUACUAAAUCAAUAAUUUUAAAACUAUAAUACAUUUGAAAGCAAUUUUAGUUA